CCAGGCUAGGGCAGCUGUCGCAAAGAGGGAAGGGGCUGGGCGGGACUCCGGGAAGAGUGUGGGCGGGGCUCUGCCCGAAGGGCGUGGCCUCCAGAGAGCCGGGCGAGCCCACGCACGCACACGCAUGCUGCUGUUACCUCUUCGGGUCCUGCGCCGGCGUUUCCGGCAUGUCUCCCGCCGCGUCCCCUGCCGCCAGGCGUCCCAGGGCGCGGAGGCCAACCGAGCAGGGUGGGAAGAAAAGAGCAGGAACAGAGUGAAGUGGAGGCAGCUGGAACACAAAGGCCCGUACUUCACCCCUGCCUACGAACCCCUUCCGGAUGGAGUGCGCUUCUUCUACGACGGGAAGCCGGUGAAGCUGAGCUUGCCAGCGGAGGAGGUCGCCACUUUGUAUGGGAAAAUGCUGCAUCUUGAGUGUACAACCAAGGAAGUCUUCCAGAGGAACUUCUUCAGUGACUGGCGGAAGGAGAUGACAGCCGAGGAGAGAAAGCUUAUCACACACCUUGACAAAUGCGACUUCGUGGAGAUCCACAGGCACUUCAUGGAAAGAACUGAGGCCCGCAGGACCCUGCCCAGGGAGCAGAAGCAGAAGCUAAAAGAAGAGGCAGAAGAGCUUCAGCAGGAGUUUGGCUACUGUAUUCUAGAUGGCCACAGAGAAAAAAUAGGCAAUUUCAAGACGGAGCCACCUGGCUUGUUCUGCGGCCGAGGGGACCAUCCCAAGAUGGGGAUGCUGAAGAGGAGAGUCAUGCCGGAGGAUGUGGUCAUCAACUGCAGCAGGUGUGUGGGACCCAGCCAGCCAGGCUCUCAUGGGUGAGCCUUGGACCCCGGCUGGGUCUAGCCCGGGCUGCCUGGUGAGGUGACUUUUGUCCUUAGCUCUUUAGGGUAGGACCCCUCACUGGAUGUGACACCAGACACUGUUCCCAUGUAUCCGGGGUCGUGGCAGGGCUCUGGGUCAGUAGGUGUAGCUGUGGACAGCAUCCCUCUGCACCAGCAGACUCCCUCAUCUUGCUCAGCGGGGCUGAGGUUCUCCUACUGGGAGGUGUGCUGUGCAUUUUCAGCGUUUGGCUUACCAAAUACCUAAAUACCUUGGGCACUGGUGCUGGGCUGCUGUUACCUACUGUUAGUCCUGUGUAACCUC